ACAAUGAGAGGGCAAGUACUGCUGUUUUUGUCGGUCCUCUCUCUCAGCUUGGCGCUGGGGCAGGUCAGCUACUCAAUUCCUGAGGAAAUGCCCAAAGGCUCACUCGUUGGAAACAUGGCAAAAGAUUUCGGGUUGGAUAUUAAAAGACUCAAAUCGGGUAAAGCUCGCAUAUUUACCCGAGACAGUGACAAAUAUGUUGAGCUGAAUAACGAAAGAGGAGUCCUCCUCAUCAAAAAUAGGAUAGACAGAGAAGCGCUCUGUGGACAGACGACGCCUUGCGCUUUGCAUUUUCAGAUUAUAUUAGAGAAUCCGAUGGAAUUUUACAGCGUUACUAUUGAAAUCACAGAUGUUAAUGAUAACCCUCCGUCAUUCGAAAAGAACGACGUCAGAUUUAAAAUAAGUGAAACCGCGGUCAGCGGGGCUAAAUUCAUACUAGACCGUGCCGUGGAUCCUGAUGUUGGUUCAAAUGGUUUGCAAACAUAUAGACUCGAGCCGAGAGCUAAUUUUAUUAUUAAACUACACGAUCAAGCAGAUGGAACAAAAAACGUUGAAAUGGUUCUAGAGAAACCUCUCGACAGAGAGAAACAGGAGCACUUGUCUUUGGUUCUGACGGCGGUGGAUGGAGGAGAGCCGCAGAUGACGGGGACAAUGCAGAUUCUAAUCACUGUUUUAGACGCUAAUGAUAACGCCCCUGUUUUUACACAGCCAAUUUAUAAAGCUUCGAUAAAAGAAAAUUCUCCAGUCGGUACAGUUGUUGUUACAGUUACUGCAACAGAUGCUGAUUAUGGAAGUUAUGGUAGAAUCACGUAUUCUAUUUCAAGUAUAUCAGAUCACGCACGUGGGUUAUUUGAGGUAAAUGAUGAAAGUGGUGAAAUUCGACUGAAAGGAAAUGUUGACUAUGAAAAAGCUCGAACCUUUCAGAUAAAUGUCCGAGCAAGUGACGAUGGAGGACUAGUUGAUUCAUGUAAAGUGAUGAUUGACGUCACUGACGUAAAUGACAAUAAACCCGAUAUUCAAAUAAUAUCUAAAUCAAACAUGUUAUCAGAAGAUGCCAAACCCGGUACUGUUGUGACAAUGAUAAAUAUUCAGGACUCAGACUCGGGUGAGAAUGGAAAAGUCCAGUGUUCUAUGAAUGAUAAUAUUCCUUUUGUUAUUAAGUCAACAACCAAUGAUUUCUAUAGUUUAAUGUCCGACAGUGAAUUAGACAGAGAGAGAUCAUCUGAGUAUAAUAUCACAGUGACCUGCUCUGAUGAGGGCGUGCCCUCCCUCUCCAGCAGCGUCACUCUCACCUUACAGAUCUCUGACGUGAAUGACAACGCGCCUGUCUUUGAGAGGAGCUCAUAUGAGGCCAACAUUGUAGAAAACAACACACCAGGUCUUUCUGUAUUCACAGUGAAAGCCAGAGACGCUGACUGGAACCAGAAUGCCCGUGUUUCUUACAUACUGGAGGACUCCUCUGUUAACGGAGUGCCAGUCUCCUCGUAUGUGUCCGUUAGUGCUGAUAGUGGAGUCAUCCAUGCAGUGCGCUCUUUUGACUACGAGCAGAUCAAAGAUUUUCACUUCCAAGUCAAAGCUCAGGAUGGAGGCUCUCCUCCACUCAGUAGUAACGUGACUGUGAAAAUAUUGAUCCAGGACCAGAACGACAACCCCCCUCAGGUUCUGUACCCAGUCCAGACUGGUGGCUCUCUGGUGGCUGAACUGGUGCCUCGUUCAGCAGAUGUGGGCUAUCUGGUCACUAAAGUGGUGGCUGUGGAUGUGGACUCUGGACAGAAUGCCUGGCUCUCCUAUAAACUGCAGAAAGCCACAGACAGGGCGCUGUUUGAAGUGGGCUCACAGAAUGGAGAAAUAAGGACGAUCCGCCAAGUCACUGAUAAAGACGCAGUGAAACAAAGACUGAGUGUUAUAGUGGAGGACAACGGGCAGCCCUCUCGUUCAGCUACAGUCGUUGUUAACGUGGCGGUGGCGGACAGCUUCCCGGAAGUGCUGUCGGAGUUCACUGACUUUACGCACGACAAGGAGUACAACGACAACCUGACUUUUUACUUAGUGCUGGCUCUGGCUGUAGUUUCCUUCCUCUUCAUCACGUGUGUAGUGGUUAUUAUCUCAGUGAAAAUCUACAGAUGGAGACAGUCUCGCGUCCUGUAUCACUCCAACCUCCCUGUGAUUCCAUAUUAUCCACCACGUAACUCAGACACUUUGGGGACAGGGACUCUCCAACACGUGUACAAUUACGAGGUGUGCAGGACGACUGACUCCAGAAAGAGCGACUGUAAGUUCAGCGGAGAUGGUAGUCAGAACGUGCUGAUAAUGGACCCCAGUGCUACAGGGACGAUGCAGCGGAUACAGAGUGAAAAGAGCAUCCUGGAUGAACCAGACUCUCCUCUAGAGGUUUGA